UCAUUGAGAGAAACCUUAUUUUUUAACUGUGCUAUGGAAUAGAAGCAGGAGGGUUUUCCACCAAGUGACAGUCACUGAGCUGAACUUACCCCCUCCUCCUUUCCACACCUGCAAAGCCUUUUGCCUGGGUUGAAUAUUUAGUUUAAUUACAUCUCAGCUUUGAGAGCUCCUGUUGCAAAUCCCUGGAUUAAAAGGUCCUGCUCGGAGUCAAUGAACUAAGCCAUGAAGCUGGCUUUCCUCUUCGUCCUACUGCUGCCAGUAUGCUUGGCCAAGCCAUUCCACCAAAAGGGCUUGUUUGACUUUAUGCUAGAGGAUGAAGGGUCUGCUGAUCUGCCUCCAACAGAGGAUCCUGUCAUAUCUGGAUUUGGACCAAUAUGCCCCUUCCGCUGCCAGUGUCACCUUCGUGUGGUGCAGUGCUCUGACCUAGGUCUGGAUAAAGUGCCAAGGGACCUCCCCCCCGACACAACUCUGCUGGAUUUACAGAACAACAAAAUCACUGAAAUUAAGGAAGGGGAUUUCAAGAACUUGAAAAAUCUUCAUGCAUUGAUCCUUGUUAACAACAAAAUCAGCAAAAUAAGCCCAGCAGCUUUUGCUCCUCUGAAGAAGCUGGAAAGACUCUAUCUAUCCAAGAACAACCUGAAGGAGCUUCCAGAAAACAUGCCCAAGUCUCUUCAGGAGAUACGUGCUCAUGAGAACGAGAUCUCCAAGCUGAGGAAAGCUGUCUUUAAUGGACUGAAUCAAGUGAUUGUUCUAGAACUGGGCACCAAUCCACUCAAGAGUUCAGGCAUUGAAAAUGGAGCUUUCCAGGGGAUGAAGAGGCUCUCUUAUAUCCGUAUUGCAGAUACCAACAUUACUAGCAUCCCAAAAGGGCUUCCUCCAUCCCUUACUGAACUUCACCUUGAUGGCAAUAAAAUCAACAAAAUUGAUGCUGACAGUCUGUCUGGACUCACCAACUUGGCUAAAUUGGGUCUUAGCUUCAAUAGUAUUUCUUCAGUUGAAAAUGGCUCCCUUAACAACGUACCUCACCUGAGAGAGCUUCAUUUAAAUAACAACGAACUUCCCAGAGUACCUGGUGGGCUGGGUGACCAUAAAUAUAUCCAGGUAGUCUAUCUUCAUAACAACAAAAUUGCUUCGGUUGGUAUCAACGACUUUUGCCCUCUCGGCUACAACACCAAAAAGGCUACCUACUCUGGCGUGAGUCUUUUUAGCAACCCUGUGCAAUACUGGGAAAUCCAGCCUUCUGCUUUCCGGUGUAUCCAUGAACGCUCUGCGGUACAGAUUGGAAAUUACAAAUAGAUUUCUAAAGACAGGGUUCGGUUGCAUUUCAGUUAAUGUACCAGUUGUAAUAGGCCUGUUGUUUGAAAAAUUUUGCUAACAAUUAAAGCCAAAUACCAGAAACUUCAUUGUAAAGUGGAGAUGAUCCAUUGAUGUAAAAGAAACAAAUCAUUACAGAUGUACAAGAUCAAGCAUACCACCAAAAAGAAUUGUUGACUGUGCUUUAAUCUGAUUUAUUUCAGCUUUCUUUUCCAGCAUGCUUUCUGUGGUGUUUAUCAAUUUGCUGAAUGCUACAGGUUCCACUGUAUAUGAGAUUCGGAGUAAAUAUUUGUCAAGCUAUGAUAUAUAUGAAAAAAAAAGAUAGCAAUUGAGGGUAUUUUUAUAGUCACACACACACAAAAAAAAGACAUGGUAAAGGAAAAAAGAUGACUCUCAAUCUAUUUUUUAUUCUUGGGGAGAGUAAGCCCCUUUAAACUUACUUCAAGCCCUGGAGGUUUUAAAAUAUCCACUAUAACACUAAGCUAAUUCUGAAUGUAUCUAUUUAGCAGAGGCAAAUAAAAGUUGUUGCUAAUGUCAUUAUUUUGGGAAAAAUAAAAUAAAUUCAUAUUGUACA